AUGGCGAAGAAAGCCAAGUCGCGUACUAUAAGUGUCAGACUCCUCUCAAUGGCAAUGACGGGAUAUUAUAUGACCUUCACGCGGCCGCGGCAGCACCGACCCUUGAGCAUGCUGAAGUACGAUCCAGUCGUGAAGAAGAAGGUCCUGUUUCUGGAGCAGAAGCGCGGCGGGUCCAAGUGA